UCUGACUCCAUUAAUGGCUCGCUCUAUUUCAAAGAGGCUGCUGCUGCCCUUCAUCUUGCUCCUUUUCCGAUCCACAGCAACAGCAGACGACACCUGCAUUGAUUGCUUUACCCAGUCAAGAGCAGCUUACUACCCGAACUCCGAUCAACAAGGGACAGAGACUGGGGCAUGCGAGUACGGCCAGUUUGGAGCCACACUAAAUGGCGGCGACGUCUCUGCUGCGUCUAAACUGUACAGAAACGGUGUAGGCUGCGGUGCAUGCUACCAGGUACGAUGCACCGAUGCUGCACACUGCUCAAACAACGGCGUCACGAUCGUGAUCACAGACUCAGGGGCGAGCGACAACACUGACUUCAUUCUCAGCCAGCGCGCCUUCACGAAGAUGGGCCAGAACGCGGAUGCCGGCGCCUCUCUUAUGUCACGCGGUGCGGUCGGCGUCGAGUAUCGCAGGGUCUCUUGCAGCUACCCAAGCAGGAACAUCACAUUCAGGAUGGACCAGAGCAGCAACAACCCCUACUACUUCGCCUUCCAAAUAUGGUAUCAGCAAGGAAACAAGGACGUAACUGCUGUUCAGCUGUGUGAGACUGAAAACUUGACGUGCAAGAUUUUAGAGAGAAGCCAUGGAGCAGUGUGGGCGACAGCGUCUCCACCAAGAGGGCCCCUGUCUGUGAGGAUGCUGCUGAGUGGAGGUGACGACGGAGAUGAGAGUUGGGUGGUGCCUCCCAAUGACAUACCCGAGGACUGGACUGCUGGGAGCGCGUAUGAUUCUGGGAUACAAGUGCAGUAGCAGCUAGUUAGAAAUAUUGUAUUGGUUUGGUUUCGUAGCUAGAGAGGAAUAAACAUUAAUUACUUCGUCUGAAUAAUUAAAUGAAAAGAUUCUAGAAAAAUUAAAUUGAUAGGUCUAUUUUUACCAGAAUUUGAUUAAUGUAUCUUAUAA